AUGGCAAAGAAGCACAGUCGACGUGGUGAAUACGAUGCAAUCGACAGUGAAGAUGAAUGGUUGAAUUCACAACUUCAUCGCGCCAGUGAGAACGCCGGUCCCAAAAAAACGUCAGAUUCUCGUGAAAUGGGGACUUCCUCUGGGCUAUCGCCGAGCAAUCCUAAGCAUGGACAACCGAAGGAGUCUAGGAAAAGCCGUCAUCGCGAAAGGAACACAGGUGAUCGGCGUCGUGUAAAACCAUUGUCUGAUGCAUUUGAGGCUUACAAGAAAGAGAAAGAAAGGUAUGAUGCGUAUGAGGUUGAAUAUAAAGAGCGUUUGGAAGCAGUUGCUGCGAUGUGGGGGAAGUUUGAUCAAAGCACGUUUGAAGACCACCCUGCCUACCAAACUGAGUGGAAGAACUUCUACAGAAGAAAGUCGAUCGAGCUCAAGAAGCAGAACAUUGACCCUCGCACCUAUGAUUUCAUCCCUGAGUGGAGAGUGGCAUGGAUUGAAAAGAGUGUGCCUGCGUUGCGUCAAAGUGAUGAUGAGGGAGCAAAGACCAAAGCUUAUGCGGCUCUCCGAUUUUCACGCACUCCCGAGCCUCCGAAUCUUACAGAACCUCUGGCUACAUCCCCAGUGUCAUCUGACGAAUCUUCUGGCUCCAUUUCCUUGGAGAGAUCUCCACGUCCUGCUAUCGUGGAUAAGAACUCUCGCGGCGCCCAAUAUCAAUCAUCUUCCCGGGCAAUAUCGUCUGUUGAGCGACAGAAUCGUGUGAACCGGUCGCCGGGAAGAAAUUCGAAACAUGUUCAUAACCGUGGUAAUUCUUCGUCACCACGGAAACCCCACUCUCGUUCACGAAAAGACCGGUCGCAUUCGCGGUCGCCGAGAAACCGGCGAUUUUCCUCAAGAUCUCCAUCUCCAGUAAAAAGGUCCGAACGGAAAACGUCAAGCUCACGUGUGUCGACUUCGCGUUCUCCUUUGGGUCGGGACCGAGUCAAGAGUCCACGGACUGUCUCCAAACCUCGGACGAAAAGUCCACCAAACGAGAGGGUAGUGGUUCCGGUAUCGUCAAAGGUGACGCUUGGAGCAGGAUCGUCGAAUUCUUCGAAGGGCCCUGAAAAACCUCCGGCAACAACCCAAAAAGCGAAACCAGAUAUUGUUGAGAUUGAUCUGGACUCCUCCCCAGAGAGGGAACCUGCUGCGGUUGAAUCGCCACCUGCAACAAAACAAGCCGUCGAUAAGGCAGAUAUGCCAUUCGGAGCACGACUUUUGGCUGCCUUAGCACAGCUGAACUUUUACUCGAAAGAAAUCACGCUCUACGGCAUGCGCCUCACAGAAGCGUUAGAAAAAGCAAUUAAAGUGAAAACGGCUGAUGGUGACGAAGCGUGCAUUGUUGCUAUGUGGAAUCGUAGUUUCAGGAAGCUGCUGCUGCUAGCAAAGGCGCAGCUCCAAGGCAGAAUAGAUAUUGGACUGCUGAACGAAGGUGAAAUUCCUGUUGCCAGUCAGACCAUAGAAGCCGUCGAAGAUCUGUUGAAACGUGGGGAAUCCGUGCAGUUUUCCGGAGAGCCCGGUAAGGAAAGGUCGGCUGUCGCAUCAACUAUAAUUCAAGGCGUUAAACCGUCUUCGACUUCGAAUGAGUUGAUGAAGAAGGGCAUUGAAGGGCAACCACCGCUCAAGAAAGUGCUGGAUGAGAUCAAGGCUCGUUCUGAAGCUAUGGCCGCUGCACCGCGAACAGCAAAAGAUGACGUUGGUUCAAGCGCUGCGGAAGAUCUAUCUGAUGAAGCCCUGGAUUCCUAUUCGCCGAAUUCAUUCUACCAAAAGUUUCUCAAACCCUUUCAAGGAAUGCAAAAUGAAACUAGGAGACGCAUUGUUGACUACUUGAAACAUAUUGAAAUGGGAAACCGAGCCCGACACAACGCGAUCAGCGUAUUUGUGAGAGAAGCACGACCGUCGGUUGAUCCAUCUACCCGGAAGGUAACUGAGCCGAGAAACUUGAACCAAAAUGCAGCUGGUGAGGUAUCUGAUCCCUGCCUUUCCUCUGAGAACUCGUCGAAAAAUUCAUCAGGAGGUGGAUUUGCGCCUGUUAGAUCGACUGAUAUUCGACAGGAAGGGAGUUCCGCAGCUUCACAUGGUGACUCCUCCGACGAUGGGUUUGGGUGCAUAUGUAGAAAGGAAGGCGGAAAAAUGUCCGCCUCGCGUAAUUACCGUCAGGCUGCUAAUCAGCUUUUGGAAAAAUUGAGCAGAAGUGACGUUGAAAGUUUGGUUGCGGAAGCUGCAAAAAAGUUUUCUCUGCCAAAGCUGGGAUUUGAAAUCGUUACUACUGAUGCGGACGACGUUGCUGAUGGAGUUCCCGAAGUCGGAGAAGUCGUAAACUCGAAGAAUCCUGCGGCGAAUAAAAUUUGCCCGUCGGAGGUUCCGCUUGAUGAUAUUCCGGCUGUUGCUACUCGUGAGGCAUCAUCUGCUAAUGAGCAAGUGGAUAUUUGCGAUCUGAAACGUCAGUAUGGCGCCGUUCUGCAAAAAUUGGAGCGUCAUUAUACGAAAGGAAAACUUUGCGUGAUGAGGCGGGACGUAGAUCUUAUGAAAGCGUGGUGGAAGACGAAUCGUGGCACGAAGAAGCCGGAAGGCGUAAUGUCUGUUCCCGGCUUAUCCCCGACUGCACAAAAUAUUGAAGUUAUGAAACUGCUCAUGUCUUUGAUGAAAGUCGAAAUCAACGUUUUGCGUCGAGUGGUCAACCUCGGCAAGGAAUUUGACGAAUUCAUUGAACGCGUUCAGAAGUCAUUCUCAGCCACGUUGGCGUUACGCGAAUCAUUGGGGAACAAAGCGAAAGACAAUCCUGAAUGGUUGACGAGACGAGGAAAGCUGAAAGCUGAUUGUGAUCAAUUACGUGACAUGUUGGACGAAAAUAUUGUACCGGGCCCGAUGGUUGCUGGAACGGAAGAAACCCUGGAGAUGAUCGAGGAUUUCUUAGAGAUGGAAGAAAAAAUACCAGAGCUUUUCAAUGGCGACUCCAUAACUGACGAAGAGCUUCUAAGCUUAGACGUGGAAACCAGAGCUAGGAAAAAGGUAGAAAAGCCUUUGUUGGAAGCCUUGAAGUUUCUUGCCAAAGCCCACAGGUACGCGGAUUGCCAAAUGGAUUCCGAAGAACUGAAAAACAUGAUUGCAUCGAUUGCCAUGGUAAAUUGGAAAUCCGUCAAGUCUUGCUUCGGAGAAAAUGCAGACGUGGACGUCGCCAAGCUGAAGCUUAGAAAGGCCGAAAACUUUGAUUCGUACACCCCGGCGCAAUUUGUUGACAAAUUUCUGAAACCCCUCGAUGAUUAUUCGUUGAAGUGCCAAGAAAAGCUUUUGGAAUACGUGCUGUCAUUGGAAGAAAAUGACAAGCAGCGGUGCCGAGAAAUCAAUGAACUGUAUCUUGCGGUUGUUGUUGAAGAUUACGAAGAAUCCCCGGAGGAGUCUCUGAAUACCUGA